GCAUUCUUUAUUGUGUUUUAAUAAAGGGUGUGUUUCUGCACAAACAGGCAGUGCUCAGCUCGCUUUAUACCCGGGUCUGUGAUUGUCCGCGGUGGAGGCAGAGCACAAAGGACAUGGAUGCUGAAGUCCACGCCGAGAGAAUCGACCAGACCGGAGAAAACAACACAGCAGAUAACAUAGUGGUCUGUACCAAGCCGCCAGCCUCAACCAUAGAACAGGGGGUCGACCCCCUACAGGACGUCCCGGGGAGGAACACUGAGGAAGAGGAGGAGAAGAGGAGGAGAGAUGAAGACGAGGAUCUAGAGUUCCCUCACGACUUUCUGCCCAGCACAGACCUCAGCCUUGAACUCCAGUGGGGGACUUCACUUGGAAGCUACCAGCCUUUGGAGCCUCUGGUGUCUCCUGUGGCAGAGUUCCAAACCCCCUCUAAAGAGACCCCUACACCACUGGGUCCGGCAGAGACCCCUACACCACUGGGUCCGGCAGAGACCCCUACACCACUGGGUCCGGCAGAGACCCCUACACCACUUGGUCCGGCAGAGACCCCUACACCACUGGGUCCGGCAGAGACCCCUACCCUACUGGGUCCGGCAGAGACCCCUACCCUACUGGGUCCGGCAGAGACCCCUACCCUACUGGGUCCGGCAGAGACCCCUACACCACUGGGUCCGGCAGAGACCCCUACCCUACUGGGUCAGGCAGAGACCCCUACACCACUUGGUCCGGCAGAGACCCCUACACCACUGGGUCCGGCAGAGACCCCUACCCUACUGGGUCCGGCAGAGACCCCUACACCACUGGGUCAGGCAGAGACCCCUACCCUACUGGGUCAGGCAGAGACCCCUAACUCACUGGGUCAGGCAGAGACCCAUACCCUACUGGGUCCGGCAGAGACCCCUAAUCUACUGGUUCCGGCAGAGACCCCUACACCACUGGGUCAGGCAGAGACCCCUACCCUACUGGGUCAAGCAGAGACCCCUACCUCACUGUGUCAGGCAGAGACCCCUACCCCAUUGGACCAGGCAGAAACCCCUACCCUACUGGGUCAGGCAGAGACCCCUACCUCACCCGGUCAGGCAGAGACCCCUACCCUAUUGGACCAGGCAGAAACCCCUACCUCACUGGGUCAGGCAGAGGAAACUACCCCAGUAAGACAGAAAGAGGAACAGGCAGAGGAGCAGCCAGCCCAGGAAAAAGAGACCCCAGGACAGACAACUACCCUAAGACAGGGCAGCAGGUCCUCCCUGACAGAGGCUGAGCAGACUGAGGAGAGGAGUAAGGCUCCUUCUUUCACCUCCUCCCCACCACCUCCCCCUGUCACCUCCUCCCCACCACCUCCCCCUGUCACCUCCUCCCCACCACCUCCCCCUGCCACCUCCUCCCCACCUCCUCCCCCUGUCACCUCCUCCCCACGACCUCCCCCUGUCACCUCCUCCCCACCUCCUCCCCCUUCUUCCAGUACCCUCCUGCCCUCCCUACCUACCUUCAGGAAGAUUUUCCCACCCCUCCUCCAACUCCGCAAGAGAGGCCGCCCCCAGAGCUCCAGUCGACUGAGCCCGACAGACCACUUCCUGCAUCCCCCCAGGCUCCAGCAGAAGCCCCAGAAACUCCGGCUUCUUCCCCACCUGCAUCCCCCCAGGCUCCAGCAGAAGCCCCAGAAACUCCGGCUUCUUCCCCACCUGCAGCCCAGGCUUCUUCCCCACCUGCAGCCCUUGCAGCAGCCCCGGCUGUCCCGCCUCUACCUGUACCUCCACCCUCUGAGAGUCGGGACACCACAUUCACCACCACCACAUUCUCUGAACCCUCGGCAGAAGUCUCAGCAGAACCCUCAGCCUUCCCACCUCAACCUCCACCCCGUGAAGAGGACACCACCUCCACCCCUGCAUCCUGUGACCCCUGUGACCCUACACCCAGGGCACUCUAACCACAAGACCAUUGAGUAA